CACUGAUACAUGACACUGAUACAUGACACUGAUAUAUGGCACUGAUAGGCAGCACUGACUGGCGACUGGCACUGAUGAGUGAUAUUGAAAGGCAGUUCAUAUGGGCACUGAUAUGUGGCAUUGAUGUGCACUGGUAUGCACUGAUAUGUGGCAUUGAUGUGGCACUGAUGGGCACUGGCACGUCGCACUGAUGGGCACUGGCACAAGGCACUGAUGAGCACUGACAGGUGGCACUUCUGGGGCCACACUGAUCAUCAGGGCACAUUGAUCAUCAGUGCCCUGAUGAUCAGUCUCAAGCGGAGAGAAAUGCUGAUAACCGGCAUUUCCGUGUUUACAUGUGAUCAGCUGUGAGUGGACACAGCUGAUCACAUGACCGA